CUCGAGAAGACACGCGAUGAUGCCUCUCCACUGAGAGGGGAGCCGGGAGGGGGCUGGCCUCAGGGCCACCCUCUUCCGCUCCCCGAAUGGGAAUGGGACCCCGGAUGGGGCCCCUCUAGCCCGACGGCGGGACGCCCCGAUGAGGGGCGCCCCGGACGCGGGCGGGGGCGGGGGUCGGGUCGGCCGGCCGUGCGCGUCGCCACCGUGGAGGCCUACGAGGAGCUCGCGUCGCAGGUGGAGCACACCACACAACAACUGCUCCGCGACCACCACUACAACACCGUGGGCAACUUCCUCAGGUUCCACUCAGCGUACGAGGAGCGCGCGGGGCUCGGCGACCAUGACGUGGGUCGCCUGUACCGCGAGUACCAGCCGCCCAUCACCGACGAGCACCACACCUGCGUCGGGCUGGGGCUGACCCUGAUGCGCCAGCUCGCCAGCCUGCGCGUCCCCGUGCCCUCCGCGGGGGUGGCGGCUGGCGCAGCGGCGGCGGCAGCGGCGGCGGAGGCGAGUCUUCGCGACGCCCUGCACCUCGUGUCCUGCGAGGAGGCCAUCGAGAACCCGGCCGUGUACUUGAACGAGGAGCCCAGCCCGCAGACGUCGGAGAAGGAACACGUCCUGGUGGCCGCGCGACUGGACAUCGGCGGCCGCCGAGGCCUGCUGCUGCUGGACCCCGGCUACCACGUGGCCAGAGUGGUGACAGUCAUGGCGGACGGACUGUACCCUCACACCGGUUGGUUCACGCAGGCGGACGAGCCCGACGUGCGGCGCGAGUACAUGUACACGCUGUCGCCCGACGAGAAGUACGUGCUGUGGACCGUGCGCGAGACGCGCGGCGAACGCCAGAGCCUGUCCGUCAACCUGGUGUACAUCGAGAGGGCCUACUUGUCGGCCGUGGACGUGACGGAGCGCAGGAACAUCGUGUACAACUUCCGCACGCUCCUGGCCAGGAACACCAAGGGCCAGCUCACGGCAGGCGUGUACUUCCCCCUGGCGAUCGUCUCCGCCGAGGGCGGCCCGGCCUGCACCAUUUUCUACACCGAGGGCACUGCGGCCGGCAGCCGGAAACGAAGGGUGAAGAUCCCCUUCCAGAGUCUGCUCGACCCUGCCCAGGAACUCGGCGAGGAGCAAGACCUGGCGCUGGCGCUGUGCAGCCAACAGCUCGGCCUGCACGACGACGGCCUGGAGGAGCUCCUCACCAAAGUGGCCUCGGUGAUGGCCGACACGGCCUUCAUGCAGCAGGUCCUGGACAUCAACAGCAGCAUUGAGGAAAUGUCUGAAGACAACUAAGGAGAGUUGUUUAGAAAGAUCUGAGGGUUAUUAUUUUUUUUAUUUGUAUGGUUGGGAACUAUUUUACUUGGUGUGGUAGAAAAUAUAUUCAGUUGAGCACAGAGGAGAUACUCUUAAUUUCAAGCAUUGGUUCUAUUAAUUUACAGCCUCAAAUGUAGUUUGUUAACUUAUCAAGAUUAAACUGAGCAGCUUCCAUUUGAAAUUGAUGUUCUUUGAUUGUUUGUGAGCUUUCUAUUGUUUUUUCUCAUGUUAUUGGGUCAUAUACAUUAUGUUGAAUAAUGAUUAAAAAAGGCAACAACAUAUAA